AUGCAGGCUCCGGCGGGUGGGAGCGGCGGGCGGGCGGGGCCGUGCGGUCCGCUCAUUGGCGCAGCUCCGGCGGGCGGUGCCGCGCGCGGGGGCAAGCGCGGCUCGCAGUCGCCACCGCCCGGCACUCCAGCUCCUCACAACGCACGUAGCCUUCGCGCCGUACGGUCUUGCGACACGUUACCCGACGCGCACCGCCGCGAGUCCAUGUGA